AUGGUCUCCCUCACCACAGAGCAGUCAUUGGCGGUGCUCGCAACGCUACCGAAAUGCGCUAUGGAUUGCAUGAUGGGAGCACCCAGCACCGGCCAGGGCUCGACAGAUGUUGAUCUUUGCGCACCUCAACCUCUAGAGACCACCAACUGGGUGACGGGUUGCAUGAAAAGCAACUGCUCAACUCCAGAAGCACUCUUUACUCAGAAUGCGACCUUGCGAGCCUGCGGUAUUGAACCUAGGAUGGAGAGGCAGUGGCUGCCUGUGAUGACGACGUUUAUGAUCCUUGCCUUCAUUUCCGUCGUGCUGCGGGUGGCCAACCGGCUUUACACGACCAAGACGUAUUGGUGGGACGAUAUCUUUUUGUCGUUGUCGAUGGCUGGCUCCUUUGCCUACGCUUCGAUCCAUUACGAGGCGAUAGGUCACGGUUUCGGACGAGAGUUUUGGUCUCUGUCGCCAGAGGAGAUCAACUACAUUAUUGCUGGUGUAUACGCGAGCAUGCUCGUCUUCCAUGCAGCUCGCAUGCUGCUGCGCCACUCGCAAAUCCUCUUCUUCCUUCGCAUCUUCGUGGUGGGCAACUCGAGGCCAAUGAUCAAAGGAACCAUGAUAGCAAAUGCUGUCAUCUCCACCGCCAUCGGUCUCAUCAUGGCGCUCCAGUGCAUGCCCGUCGGUUUCUUCUGGAUGCGAUGGGACUCGACGCAGGAGGGCAAGUGCCUGAACAACCUCCAGACCCUAUGGAUCACCUCCGUCUUCACCAUGUUACUGGACGCCUGGACACUCAUCCUGCCACUGCCCUACGUGGCCAAACUGCAGUUGUCGGUGAGGAAGCGAAUCGGCAUCUCGGUCAUGCUCGCCACCGGUCUGAGCAUCCUCAUCUUCAGCAUCCUCAAGUUCUGGUCUGGUGCCAUCACAGUGGAGGAGCCCAACCCAAUGUAUACCUUUGCCCAGGUGUCGAUGUGGGCGUCGUUGGAGAUCAACGUGGGGAUCAUCUGUGCUUGCUUACCGGGUAUAAGACUACUAUUCAGCAACUUGUUCAGGCAGACGGGUUGGUUUAUGACGAGCAGUAUUGGGAGGACGGAGCAUAUUUCGCUGUCUGGGUCUCCCGACCGGAGUGGGAAGAAGUCGUGCCCGGAGUCGCAGAUUCGCAUCACGACAACUAUUCAGACCAAGGCCACGCAUGCGUUGACUGAUUCCGAGUCGCAUCUGCCUCUCCAUGCGGCGAGCUUGGGGGCGGCGAUUCAUCCUGCGAGGCAAGAGCUGGGUGUGGUGGCCAAUGCUUGGGCUUGA